AAGCGAACUGAGGAUAACAAGACAGGGUCACAGGAAACGGCCAAUCGUUGUUGCCUGUUGGGUCUCUCGUCUUCUGGUUUACAUAUAUGCAGGACGCUUCAGCUUAGACCCCCGCAUAGAAGCCAUGCUGCUUACUUGCUCUGCUCCCUCUUUCAUGUCCAAGCCUACUUUUCCUCACAGAACGCUUUCAGCAGGUAACGUGCUUGGAACUUUCCAUACUCAGAAAAAGCAAAUAGUGCAUUGCUUCUCAAUUCACAGGUUGAAAGAUCAAAGCGCAAAAACUAGUUAUUUAUCAUACUGUGAUGAGAACUUGAGGCGGAGGCUUCUCCUAUUCGUUUCGGUCACAACAGCCUUGUUUCCAGCUUUAUCUUCUUCUGGAAAGACAAAGAGUAAGAAUCCCUAUGAUGAAAAACGCUUGCUAGAACAAAAUAAGCGGGUACAGAAAGAAAACAAUGCACCUGAAGACUUUCCAGCUUUUAUUAGAGAAGGAUUUCAGGUUAAUGUAGUGACACCAGAGAACUACAUUAAGAGUGACUCGGGGCUUAUAUACCGGGAUUUUGAAGUUGGUAAAGGUGAUUGCCCAAAGGAUGGUCAACAGGUGACUUUUCACUAUGUUGGCUAUAAUGAGUCAGGUCGCCGUAUUGACAGCACAUACCUACAGGGUUCCCCGGCGAAAAUCCGCUUGGGCAAUAAUGCAUUGGUCCCAGGAUUUGAGCAAGGGAUUCGAGAAAUGAGACCUGGGGGAAAGAGAAGAAUAAUCAUUCCACCAGAACUUGGACCACCUGUUGGGCCUUCCACCUUCUUCAGCUCAAAACAGUUUGAAGUUUUUGAUGUGGAGCUGCUUAGCGUUCAGGACUGUCAAAGGAGGACCAUCGGUUUUUACUCCGAUGUUGUGUGCAAUUAAGUGAAAUUAAGUGAUGGGACUAUAUAAGUAUCUCUUUAUUUUCUAAAAUAGAUAGGUCAUCUUCAUUGUAAGGCAUUUGAAAGAAGAAAUGGCAUCUUCAUUGUAAGGUAGAUUUCUUAAUUCUCACUUGGAACAAAAAUAGAUUAAUUUGUCUGGAAGUGAAGUAUUAAUCAUGUAUUGAACAAAGAUUUGGAGCUGCCACCCCAAUGAUUUGUAGAAUAAAAGAUAUUUGAUAUAUCUGUUAGGUUAGAGUCAGAAUCUGUUUGCUAAGCUCGGGAGAGGGUUCAAGAAAGCAGCUAGCUCCAUGUGGCAAAGUUGCGGCUGCUACACCUGUAGAACCAACCAUGUUGGCUCAGUGGCUGUGUUGGAGAUUGCUGACAACACUACCCAAUUUGUUGUCGUCGUCAGCAGGCAGCAUCAGGCUCCAAAGCCCCAUCUAGACGCGUUGUUUGGUUAACGCUUAGCACUAUGGAAGGACUCCACUUGCUUUCCAAAGCUAAGAUUCGGCUCCAAAGAGAUACUUAGCAUGGGUAGUCAAGUCUUGGAACAGUCGAACGCCCAGAUGCCCUUGUUCAUUCCAGAACAAAGAAGAAAUACAGGAGACACCACCCAUCCGCAUACUCCACAACAAAGGAUAAAUACAAAAUAAUUGCUGGAGGUCCCUCUUAAAAGACAUUUACAGAGUGGUUUUAUAGAAUUUAUUUGCAAA